AUGUCAUAUUCAAUCUCAAACUUAAGAUAUAUUGAACCACAAACUCUACGAAAUUGGUUUUCUAAAGGUUCACCAACUGGAAAUGGGAAAUUUUCAGUUGUUGAUGUUCGUGAUUCAGAUCAUAUUGGUGGUCAUAUUAAAAAUUCAUUACAUUUCCCUUCAAAUAGACUAAGUGAUACAAUUCAAGAUGUUAUAAAUCAAGUUGAAAAUUCUGAUGAUAUUGUUUUCCAUUGUGCUUUAAGUCAACAAAGAGGUCCUUCUGCUGCAAUGAAAUUUCUUAGAUCUGUUGAAGAUGGGAAAUUAGAUGGCAAAUCAGUUUGGAUAUUAAAAGGUGGUUUUACUAAAUGGCAAGAAUUAUAUGGUGAAGAUCAAGAAGUUACUGAAGGUUAUCAAAAAGAUAUUUGGAAAUUUGGUUAUUAA